CCGCGAGGAAAAAUCUGCCUCCGGAGCCUCCGCCGCGGACGCCCCUGACCCCCUCGCCGCCAACUACGGUGAUGUCCCACUCGAGGACCUCCAGUCGAAGGCCGUCUCGGGCCGAAAAUGGAUCGAGAUCGCGAAUUUGAACGAGGAGUUGAAGGGCCAGAACGUGCUGAUUCGGGGGCAAGCUCAUGCGAUCCGCAGUGUGAGCAAGAAAAUGGCGUUUUUGGUUGUUAGAGAGCGGGGAUUCACUGUGCAGUGCGUGCUCUCUGUUGCUCCGGACGUGGUUAGUCUCCAGAUGGUGAAGUUCGCCACUGGGUUGAGCAAAGAGUCGUAUGUCGAUGUCGAAGGGACUAUCUCUGUUCCUAAGGAUCCCAUUAUAGGUGCUUCUCAGCAGCAGGUGGAAAUUCAAGUGAAGAAGCUUUACUGCAUCAGCAAGGCGGUUCCUGCCUUACCUAUUAACAUUGACGAUGCUGCACGCGGUGAAAUUGAAAUUGAAAAGGCUUUACAGGCUGGAAAACAGCCUGUUCGUGUCAAUCAAGAUACCCGUUUGAAUUUCAGGGUUCUUGACCUGUGUACUCCUGCUAACCAAGGAAUAUUUCGUGUUCAGUGCCAAGUUGAAAAUAUAUUCAGGCAGUUCUUGCUAGCUGAUGGCUUUGUUGGGAUUCAUACCCCAAAGUUGAUAGGAGGCUCCAGUGAGGGUGGCUCAGCUGUUUUUAAGCUGGACUACAAAGGCCAACCUGCAUGUCUGGCACAGUCACCUCAGCGUCACAAGCAACUGGCAGUUUGUGGUGAUUGUCGAGUUUUUGAAAUAGGUCCUGUUUUCAGAGCAGAGGACUCCUACACCAGACACUUAUGUGAGUUUACAGGUCUUGAUGUUGAAAUGGAAAUUAAGGAGAACUACUCUGAGGUGAUGGAUAUUGUGGAUCGGUUAUUUGUUGCAAUGUUUGAUAGUUUGAAUGAGAAAUGUCAGAAAGAGCUUGAAGCCAUUGGGAAACAGUAUCCAUUUGAGCCUUUGAAGUACUUGAGAAAGACUUUACGACUUACAUUUCAAGAGGGGGUUCAAAUGCUAAAGGAAGCUGGUGUUGAAAUUGAUCCUUUAGGGGACCUGAACACAGAAUCAGAGAGAAAGCUUGGCCAGCUUGUUUUGGAGAAGUAUGGGACUGAGUUCUAUAUACUCCAUCGCUAUCCGUUGGCUGUCCGACCAUUCUAUACCAUGCCUUGCAGUGAUGAUCCAGCUUAUAGUAAUUCAUUUGAUGUCUUCAUUCGAGGGGAGGAGAUAAUCUCUGGAGCUCAACGUGUCCACGUACCCGAAUUCUUGGCAACACGUGCAGAAGCCUGUGGAAUUGAUGUCAAAACUAUAUCAACAUAUAUUGAUUCUUUUGGGUAUGGUGCACCUCUGCAUGGUGGAUUUGGUGUGGGAUUGGAGCGUGUGGUGAUGCUCUUUUGUGCCCUAAACAACAUCCGCAAAACAUCACUCUUCCCUCGUGACCCUCUCAGGAUUGCUCCAUGACAUUUUAUUCUAGUAGCGUGUUCUGCCUGACUCUUUUUUGUCACCAAGAUUGUUUCCUCUGGAUGUUAUUUUGUUGGAAAUGUCUUACCAGAUAAAAUUUACUAGUUUUUCACUGGAAAAAGUAACAUUUACAUACAUCCCAAAAUUGUUCAUCUUCAUUAUUAUAUACGCAUGUUGUCCAAUUGCAUUGCAUGUGAUCAUUUGUUGUGCUGUGCAGUUUUUUCUGUUUCUAUUUUCCUCAUUGAUUUACACCUAAGAAGUUAUGUCAUGCUCAUAUCAAAAUAAAACCUAAAAAAAUGUUAUUAGGUCCUGAACUAGGCUACUUGUAUCAAUUACGUUGUCCCUCAAGUGCAUAAUUUCCUAAUUCUUUGAACAAGAACUUCCUACUUUAGUUAUUUAUUUUCUUCAAUUGUUAAAUGAAACUUUGUGACAAAUGAUGGUAUCAAUAUUACCAUCAUUUUUACUGCAUCCGUCCCAUAUUAAUAGUCGCUUUUGAAAAUUUUAAACUUUUUAAAGAAAUAUAACCAUUACAUUUUGAAUUCAAAAUUUAAAGGGUUAAUUUCAAAAAUAUCUUUCUAUUCUUAUUGUUAAAUAUAUUUAUAAUGCAAUUGAAGGCCUUGUCAUGAUUAUGGCAUCGACAAAUGCCAAAUUCCUUAAUUGCAUUACUCAAAACUUCCAGCGUCUAGCAGGUAGCUGAGAAUCUUUACCGUUGGUUUUGAAUUUGGAUCGCAUUUAGAUUUGCUUGGGUUAUAUUUUGAUUCAGAGUAAUUAAUGUCAGUUUCAGUGGGCAGAUAUUCAUUGUGAAACAGAGUAGAGGUUUCAUCAAUUGUGAAGACUAUGGAUAGAGUUUACAAUUUUGUUAGUACUUCAGAUAAUCAUUGUUUGGCUACAGUUGGCUUCAAGCGGAUGCUUAAUCAGUGUGGCAAAUUUGGGCAAAGGGUUUAUCAAAAGCAGCCGAUUUGUCCAUACAAAAGUUAAAUAUUUUACUCCAACCUAUAUUAUGCCUUUUUAAAAUUCAUUAUAUUUUGAAGAAUUCCUCCCUAAAUCUAUCACAAUGUACUUAAAAUUUCACACGAGAGAGAGGGAAUACUUGAAAUUUCUUGCAGAAAAAUAGUAUAUUCAAAACUUUA